ACCACGCACCCCGACACGAUGCCCCCGUGGGCGGCCUGGCGAGCGCUCUCCGUGGUGCUGAUCGUGGCCUGGGCGCGCCCUCCAGCUGCCUGCGCCUGCCCGCGCCCCUGCGCCUGCUACGUCCCCAGCGAAGUGCACUGCACGUUCCGCUCCUUGGCUGCGGUGCCCGCCGGGAUUUCUCCACAUGUGGAACGGAUCAAUCUGGGGUUUAAUAGUAUACAGGGUUUGUCCGAGGCCUCCUUCGCAGGGCUCGCCCAGUUGGAGCUGCUGAUGCUUCAUGGCAACAACAUCCCGAGUAUUCCCGACGGCGCGUUGAGAGACCUCAGCUCCCUCCAGGUCUUCAAGUUCAGCUACAACAAGCUGCGGGUGAUCUCCGCGCAGACCCUGCUCGGGCUCCGGGCCUUGGUGCGCCUGCACCUGGACCACAACAAGAUCGAGUUCAUCCACCCGCAGGCCUUCCAGGGCCUGACGUCCCUCCGGCUGCUGCACCUCGAGGGCAACUUGCUGCAGCAGCUGCACCCCGACACCUUCUCCACGUUCUCCCUUCUGGGCUCCUUCCGCCUCUCCAGCCUCCGGCACCUGUACCUGGCCGAGAACAGGAUCCGCAGCCUCCCCGACGGGAUGCUGCGCAACAUGCCGCUGCUGGAGAACCUCUACCUGCACGGGAACCCCUGGGCCUGCGACUGCACCAUGCGGUGGUUUCUAGACUGGGAGGGCAAGUCCAAAGGGAUUCUGAAGUGCAAGAAAGACAAAGCCUAUGAAGGGGGUCCAUUCUGCGCCAUGUGUUUCAGCCCCAAGAAGCUGCACAAACAAGAGAUUUCCAAGCUCAGGGAUGUGGCCUGCAUGAAGCCUUCCAUCGAGUCGCCGCUGAGGUACAACGGCAGCAGCGGCAGCAGCGAGGAGGAGGAAGACCAGGAGCAAGACAGCGACAGCCGGCCGUCCCUGGAGGGCCUCCAGUUCCCGCCGUGGAACAUCUCCUUGAACAUGAGCGAUGAGCACGGCAACACGGUCAGCUUGGCCUGCGACAUCAGGAAGCCGACAGACGUGCACAAGCUUCACCUGAACCAAACAGACUCUCAGGACAUAGAUAUCAACGCAACCAUCGCUCUGGACUUGGAGUGUCCCAUGACUCGGGAGAAGUAUGAGAAGUUGUGGAAACUGAUCGCUUAUUACAGUGAGGUCCCUGUGAAACUGCACCGAGAAGCCACGGUCACCGAAGGCCCCAGGGUCAGCUUCCAGUACAGGCAGGAUGCCGAAGAUGAUGCCCUGUACUACACGGGGGUCCGAGCGCGUGUUAUUGCAGAGCCCGAGUGGGUCAUGCAGCCGGCCAUAGAGCUGCAACUCAACCGACGUCACAGCACAGCCAAGAAGGUGCUGCUCUCUUACUCUGCUCACUUCUCUUUCACCGUGUCCAGCAAAGACGCAGAGCAGACUCGCGGCAGGAGCUGGGUCAUGAUCGAGCCCGCUGGCGCUGGCCAAGGAGCUCAGACCGUCUUGGAAGGGGCUCCGUGCCAGCUGAGCUGCAACGUGAAGGCUUCAGAGAGUCCGUCCAUCUUCUGGGUGCUCCCGGAUGGCUCUGUCCUCAAAGGACCGAUGGAGGACCCGGACGGCAAGUUCUCCAUCCUCACCAGCGGGUGGCUCAGGAUCAAAUCGACAGAGCGGUCAGACUCGGGUCUGUACCAGUGCGUUGCUCAGGUGAGGGACGAGAUGGACCGAGUGGUCUACCGGCUUGUUGUGGAGCCUCCUGCCACUCAGCCCUCGGGCACACAUACAGUGACAGUUCAAAAGAACUCAGGGGAGUCGCUGAUGCUGCCUUGCAAUGCGCUGGCAGUACCUGAAGCCCAGCUUAGCUGGAUCCUUCCAAACAAAAGGAUGAUUCAUGAUUUGGCCAACGCGUCGCAAGUCUACAUGUUGCCCAAUGGGACUCUCUCCAUCCCCAAGGUGCAAGUCAGUGACAGCGGUUACUACCGAUGUGUGGCUGUCAACCAGCAAGGGGCUGACCGUUUCACCGUGGGGGUCACCGUGACAAAGAAAGGAUCGGGCAAGUCAUCCAAAAGAGGCAGGCGCCCCAGUGGGAAGACUCUUUCACGGCUCCAAGGAGACGUUGUGGAGGAUGAGGGGGGCUCGGGCAUGGGACAUGAAGAGAACCCUUCAAGGAGACUUCUGCAUUCAAAGGACCAGGAGAUGCUCCUCAGAACAAAGGAGGACAUGAGAACCAAGAAAGGGCGCAGAAAACCAAAACCCUGGAAGAAUUCUGAAAAAGAGCCUGAAAGCAACAUCGCCGAAGGUCGCAGGGUGUUUGAGUCCAGACGAAGGAUAAAUAUGGCCAACAAACAGAUUAACCCAGAGCACUGGGCGGAUAUUUUAGCCAGAGUGCGUGGGAAAAAUCUCCCUAAGGGAACCGAAGGGCCCGAGGCCGUGCAAAGCACCACUCCUCCGUCGGUGAGUCUAGAAGUCACCGCCGUCUUGCCCGUUGUUUCUCCUCCCUCCAUCUCCCCCGUGCAGCCCGCAGCUGGUGCAGAAGAAUUCUCAGCAGAUGCGUCUUUAUUCAGUGAGGAAGAGCGGGUUUCUAGGACCAUCUCCCCGAGCAGCAUGAGUCUAGAACCAGGCCAGACUGGAGCCUUCCCGGCUGAAGCCAAAGCGACAAGCCCGGAUUUGGAAGAAUUCAUCGAUGAUGAGCUUUCUGAGAAGACUGAGGAUCCGAUUCGGACCGAAGUUGCCCCAACGUGGGCUGCAGCCACUACGUCGAUGUCUUAUGUGCCUUCUAAAUCUCCCACCCCACAGACGCAGGAUGCAAUCUCCCAAGAGCCCACCGGGGACAAUAUUGCCACGGAGGGCUGGUCUGCAGUAGGCGUUACACCCUUGCGAGAGCCUGCACCCCAUGAAGACCAAUCUUCUUUGGAUGCCACCUCGUUGGCUGAAUCUGAGCCCGAACUGGAGAUUCAUUCACAGCCAGCUGGAGAGAAGAUGAGAGAACAGGAUUCCAGACGCUUUACUCCAUUGCCAACCUUGUCAGUGGUUGAGUCCAGGACGUCUGCGCCAGUUGGAGAUUUCACGUUAGGGGAGCCCGAUAGCCCAACACGAGGACAUCGACGAGAAGAAACGGGCAACCCCCAGCUUACGCAAACUGGUGUAAGCUCCCAAGGCAAGCCCCUGGUGAAAAAGGGCACCCCGAAGAGCGCUGUGAUUCGGGGGGGAGACAGGCCGGAGAGACACCCUGCGCGCUCUAGAGGCUCCGACAGGAGGAGUCAGAGCAUGGAAUCCACCACUUUGCUUGGCUCUGCGCUGGGAGGCAAAGACAGCGCGGCGCCCUCUGAGAGUCGCAAGGAAGCCACGCUCAGUUCUCGGUUCGACAAGGACACCACCACCCUAGCUACGAUGACGCCAGCCCAGAAGGCCACGAUGCCACCAGCACCCACCACCCAGCCUCCUCGGAAAAGACCCAAUGGGAGGAGAAGGUUACGGCCCCACAAAUUCCAACAUCGGCACAAACCAACCCCAUCCACAACUUCUGCCCCCACGGAGACUUUUUCUACUCGGCCAACCCAAGCGCCUGGCAUGAAGACCCCCAAACAAGUGGAUGCUUCGCUGGUUCCUACAUCUUGGGUGGAGGCUACGGUUGGGAUCCCAAAACAGGUGGAAGUGGGGACGCAUGCAGAACAUGCAACCAAGGGAAGCCCACGAAGGAAACAUGGGAAGAGACCCAACAAGCAUCGGUACAGCACGUCUACAGCGAGCUCUACUGCAUCUGCGUCCAAGCCCAGUCUUUCUUCAGAAAAUAAGCAUAAAAAUGUCAUUAACCCCAGCCCAGAAAUUUCACGUGUACCUACAACCAUUUCUCCGAGAACUGACGACCCACGGGAGGUAACUAGAGUGACAGAUUAUAUGACAACCACCGCCAAAAUGCCUGCACCUCAUCAUGCAUUCCAAGACACGGUUCCAGGCACACGGAAGCCUGUGUCUGAUGACAAAGAAAUGAAGAGUUAUGGUGUCACAAUAAACAUCGAUGACAAUAAAACGGACAGUUUCGUCCCUGGCAAGUCAGGCAUGAAUGCUCUAUCCCCUUCAGUCCCCCAGGUCUUCACUGUGGGAGAAUUUGAGGGAGAACCCCCUCCUUCUGGGUCUCCUGGAGGCUGGGAUCCCCCAAGGCCAACCCAACCCGGGAAGCUGCCCACAGAUACGCCUGCCACCAUUUCUUUGGAAAACCGUAUAGACUCAUCACCAUUUCUGAAAGAGUCCGAGGGCAUCGAUCUUCCCGCUGAGGUGUCCCCUUCUCCUGCGGUCUCGACAGUAUUUCAACUGGCAGAAGUCGUUCCUUCAACUGCGCUCUCGGGCACAAAAGCAGAGUCAUCGUCACGUCAGGCAGAAGCCACCCAGAGUGAGCAGGACUUUUAUGAAACCACGGCAGCUCUUCCUCGUUCUGAGAUGAGACCCGAAAACCAAGUUCGCCCUCCUGCCCCAGUGGAAGAACCUGCACCCUCACCGCCGCCCACAACUCUCGCGUCUGUAGUGCAAACCACCCUGAAGCCCGCGCGUCUGACGUCAACAGCACCUGCAGUGUCAACGGACGCCAAGGAGAGUGUUUUCUUCAAUUACGUGGGGGUCCCAGAAACAAAGGCACCCCCGGUGACAAAGGAGGGGACACAGCCUCUAUGGAGAACAAAUGAAUUAUCCACCUCCUCGCCCAUGGAAGACGAAUUUAAGUUAAGUCCAAAGCAGGGGUUAGGAAAGGAGGCAUUCGAUGAUAGGGCCCAAAAUACCCUUCCACGCGGCCCCGAUCGUCACCGCCAAGAUGGGAGAGUCCACGUUUUCCACCCACCGACCAGAGUCCCCCCAAGAGGGACGAUGACACCACUUUACAUGACCGCACGAACUCCCUUCAGAUACCUGGUAACUUUGCAGCCUUCUCAUCACUUCACCAAUAAACCGGGAAUAACUGCAUAUCCUUCGAGGGUUUUGCCAGAGAAUAAGCACUCUCCGACCCCCAAAUUACCAAGCCCCGCAGCCCCUGCUGACCCAUGGCAUGGUUCCCAACCCAAUAAUCUGCCCGAACGAGGAACUGACCGGUUCAACGGCAACUCCCAAGUGUUUGGAAAUAACUACCUGCUGGAUCUAAGAGACCCUGUGGGCAGGUUUCCAAAUUCAAGAGCACCUUAUGACUCCAACGGACGGCUUCCUUUCUUUUUCAACAGGACCUUCUCUUUCCCACAGUUGGGAGUUACUCCAAAGCCCCCAACACCAACAUCUCCCGUCCCAGCGACGACAGAGAGAAGAGACAACCCAAGUCCCUACAACAGGAUACAUUCACACAGCGUCAUCCACAUGGACUUUGGUCCCCCAGCACCUCCAUUGCUGCCCCACCCCCGGACGAUGUCACCACCGUCCACAAACCGACAGAACAUCCCUCUGGUGCACCCCACCCGGAGCUCCAUCCCCUUCAUGACAUCUCCAGGCCCUCCUUCCAGAAGCUUCCAUCAGAGCAGCUCAAAGUUCUUCUCUGCCGGAGGGCCACCUGCUUCCAAAUUCUGGACACUUGGGGAAAAGCCCCAAAUUAUCACCAAAUCCCCUCAGACUGUGUCUGUCAUCGCAGACACCGAUGUCCUGCUGCCGUGCGAGGCAACGGGGAAACCCAAGCCUUUCGUGACCUGGACCAAGGUUUCUACAGGAGCUCUCAUGACCCCCAACACCAGAGUCCAACGGUUCGAGGUGCUGAAGAACGGCACCUUCGUUAUCCACAAGGUGCAAAUGCAGGACCGGGGCCAAUACAUGUGCACGGCCAAAAACCUGCACGGCGUGGACAGGAUGAUGGUGCUGCUGUCUGUCUCCGUGCAGCAGCCGCAGAUCCUUGCCUCCCACUACCAGGACGUCACCGUCUACCUGGGGGACACCAUUGCCAUGGAGUGCCUGGCCAAGGGGACCCCCGCUCCCCAAAUCUCCUGGAUCUUCCCUGACAGGAGGGUGUGGCAGACUGUGUCGCCUGUGGAAGGCCGGAUCACCCUGCAUGAGAACCGCACGCUGUCCAUCAAAGAGGCGUCUUUUGCCGACCGGGGCGUCUACAAGUGCGUGGCCAGCAACGCGGCGGGCGCCGACAGCCUGGCCAUCCGCCUGCACGUGGCGGCGCUGCCCCCGGUCAUCCAGCAGGAGAAGCUGGAGAACAUCUCCCUGCCCCCGGGGCUCAGCAUCCACAUCCACUGCACCGCCAAGGCUGCGCCCCUGCCCAGCGUGCGCUGGGUGCUCUGGGAUGGGACGCAGAUCCGCCCUUCCCAGUUCAUCCACGGGAACCUGUUCGUCUUCCCCAACGGGACGCUCUACAUCCGCAACCUGGCGCCCAAGGACAGCGGGCGCUACGAGUGCGUGGCCGCCAAUCUGGUGGGCACGGCGCGCCGGACGGUGCAGCUGACGGUGCGGCGCGCGGCGGCGAACGCACGCAUCACCGGCACCUCUCCGCAGAGGACCAACGUGCACUAUGGCGGGACCCUGCGGCUGGACUGCAGCGCCUCCGGGGACCCCUGGCCCCGCAUCCUCUGGAGGCUGCCGUCCAAGCGGAUGAUCGACGCGCUGUUCAGCUUUGACACCAGAGUCAAGGUCUUCGACAAUGGGACCCUGGUGGUGAAAUCUGUCACAGACAAGGACUCAGGGGAUUACCUGUGCGUUGCCCGGAAUAAGGUUGGGGACGACUUUGUCGUGCUCAAGGUCAACGUGGUCAUGAAGCCAGCCAAGAUCGAGCACAAAGAGGAGAAUGACCACAGGGUCUUCUAUGGGGGGGACCUCAAAGUGGACUGUGUGGCCUCCGGGCUUCCCAACCCCGAGAUCUCCUGGAGCCUCCCAGACGGCAGCCUGGUCAGCUCCUUCAUGCAAUCCGACGACAGCGGUGGGCGCACCAAGCGCUACGUGGUCUUCAACAACGGCACCCUCUACUUCAAUGAUGUGGGCAUGCGCGAAGAAGGGGACUACACCUGCUUUGCCGAAAACCAGAUUGGCAAGGAUGAGAUGACAGUGCGUGUCAAGGUGGUGGCCGAGCCGGCCGCCAUCCGCAACAAGACGUACUCUGUGGUCCAUGUCCCCUAUGGAGAUGUGGUCACCGUGGCCUGUGAUGCCAAAGGGGAGCCCACACCCAGGGUGACGUGGCUUUCUCCCACCAACAGGCUGAUCCCCACCUCCUCCGAGAAAUACCAGAUCUAUCAGGAUGGGACCCUCCUUAUUCAGAAAGCCCAGCGCUCGGACAGCGGCAACUACACCUGUGUGGUCAGGAACAGCGCUGGUGAGGACAGGAAAAUCGUCUGGAUCCACGUCAACGUGCAGUCACCCAAGAUCAAUGGGAACCCCAACGCCAUCACCACGGUGCGGGAGAUCGCCUCCGGAGGGAGCCGGAAACUCAUCGACUGCCAAGCGGAAGGCAUCCCUACCCCAAAAGUGUUGUGGGCUUUCCCGGAGGGCGUGAUCCUGCCGGCCCCCUACUACGGGAACCGGGUCACUAUCCAUCGCAACGGCACGCUGGACAUCAAGAGCCUGAGGAAGAGUGACUCUGUGCAGCUCACAUGCAUAGGGCGCAACGAAGGAGGGGAAGCGCGGCUGAUUGUCCAGCUCACUGUCUUGGAGCCAAUGGAGAAGCCCAUCUUCCAUGACCCGGUCAACGAGAAGAUCACCGCCAUGGCUGGCCACACAAUCAGCCUCAACUGCUCAGCAGAGGGGACCCCAACGCCCACUCUCGUGUGGGUCCUUCCCAAUGGGACAGAGAUUCGGAGUGGCCAGCAGCUGCUCAGGUUCUACCACAAGAACGACGGCAUGCUCCACAUUAGUGGCCUGUCCUCAGUGGACGCUGGGGCAUACCGCUGUGUAGCCCGCAAUGCCGCUGGCCACACGGAGAGGCUGGUCUCCCUGAAGGUGGGGCUGAAACCUGAGAUGAACAAGCAGUACCACAACCUGGUCAGCAUCAUCAACGGGGAGACGCUGCACCUGCAGUGCCUGUCCCCUGGCGGCCGGCAGGCUCACUUCUCCUGGACGCUCCCCAACGGCAUGGCUUUGCAGGGAUCCCAAACCCGGGGACGCUUCUCCGUUUGGGAGAACGGCACCCUGACCGUGCGAGAGGCGUCCGUGUUGGACAGGGGGACCUACGCGUGCAAGGCAGACACCGAGUACGGCCCUUCUGUCAUGAACUUCCCUGUUAUUGUCAUUGCCUAUCCUCCCAGGAUCACCAGCGAGCCCACGCCAGUGAUCUACACCCGGCCUGGGAGCACCGUGAAGAUGAACUGCAUGGCCAUGGGGAUCCCCAAAGCCGAGAUCACGUGGGAGCUCCCCGACAAGUCCCGUCUGACCGCCGGGACGCAGGCCCGUGUGCACGGACACAGGUUCUUGCAUCCCCAGGGCUCGCUCACCAUCCAGCAGGCCACACAGAGAGACGCCGGCUUCUACAAGUGCACCGCAAAAAACAUCCUGGGCAGUGACUCCAAAACGACAUACAUCCACGUCUACUGA